AUGGUCAAGUUCAACUUCCUCUUCGCCCUGGCCCUUGCUGCUGGCGCCCUGGCUACUACCACCAACUCCGACUGCCAGAACUCCUUCGAUACCUGCCGCUCCUCUGGCGACCCCAACGAGGCAACCUGUGCCUCUGAGCACGCUAGCUGCUGCGCGACUGCUUUCGAUGACUGCCGCUCUACCGGCGACCCCAACGAGGCUUACUGUUCUUCCCAGAACGCUGCUUGCCAGGGUCAGAGCUAA